AUGUCGUCAACAGCCAGAUCCUCCGCCGCCAUGAACGGCGACCAACCACCGAGUAAGAAGCAGAUGACGAAACACUCUUCGGGGAUCUCGAUUUUUUCGCUUCCUUACGAUUUGAUAUUGAAUAUCAUAGGGCGUGUCUCUAGAAUGUACUAUCCAACUCUCUCCCUCGUCUCCAAAAAGAUGAGAUCCGUCAUUGCCUCACCGGAGCUUGUAAAGGCACGUUCUCUCUUAAACCGCAACAACGAGAGUUGCCUUUAUAUGUGCUUACGCUACUAUCUAGAUCCCUCUCGUGACCCUACCACACACUGGUUCGCUCUCUGCAUGAGACCAAACCGAACCCUAACCGAACGGUCAGGUGGCCGUGUUUUCAUCCCAAUCACAUCUCCCCAUCUGCGUCAUGAGCGAUCUACGGCUCGAACGUCAACGGAUGUUAGCAUCGUGGCCGUUGGGUCUAACAUCUACAAGAUGGGCGGGUACACGCCCUCUUCUUCUGAAGUCUCGGUACUUGAUUGUCGGUUCAACACGUGGCAAAGUGCUCCAGUGAUGCGAGUGAAGAGGAGCUCCCCCGCGGCGAGCGUAGUUGAUGGGAAGAUAUACGUAGCAGGAGGCUGUGAAGAUCCCGAGAAUUGGGUGGAGGUAUUUGAUCCGAAGAAUCAAACGUGGGGAAAUGUGACGAAUCCUGGGACGGAGAUACGCCCAUCAGGAGCUGAACUCGAGAGCUUUGCGAUUGGAGGAAAAUUGUACCUCUUUGGCGAUAAGCGUGUGGUUUACGAUCCCAAGGAAGCUAGUUGGAACCCGAUAGGAUUGGGUAUGGAUAUGCAUAAUGUGGCUAUGGAUAUGGGUAUGGAUAUGGCUGAGGGUAUGGAUUUGGAAAUGGAUAUGAAUGGUGUGGCUUCUGCAGUGUCAUAUUAUCACUGCGUGAUAGGAGAGGUCUUGUUUCUUUGGAAUGAAAGAGAGUUUAGAUGGUUUGACUUUAAGUCAAGUUCAUGGAAGAAGUUGAGAGGUGUUGAAGAUUUGCCUGAUUUUGACGGGGCUAUUCAAAUGGUGGAUGUUGGUGGAAAGAUGUAUGUAUUGUGGGACGUUUCUGGGCGUUGUGAAGAAGGUAGGGAAGUGAGAUCUAUUUGGUGUGCUGAGAUUGUGCUUGAGAGGCGUGGAGAUGAGAUGUGGGGGAAUGUCGAGUGGUUUGAUGUUGUGCUCACAACUCACGAGCCGUGUAGCUUGUUCGAUGCGGAUGUUCUUUCUGUUACUGUUUGA